AUGGAGCAGUUGGGUGAAGGAGGCUUUGGCGCCGUCUAUGCUGGCCGCCGCAAAGAGGACAAUUUACAGAUUAUUGAUGGGAACCUGCAGCGCUGCCCCCUGGAGGUGAUGCUGAUGGUGCUCGCAGGAGGUCAACCGGCAGCCGUCGGUAAGCACUCGGCCGUGACUCUGGUGGACUGGUUUGAGGUGGAGCGAGACCUGGUCUUGGUGAUGGAGAGACCCGUCCCCUCUAUUGACCUCUUCUACUACCUGGAGACUGUGGGGGGCUCCCUGCAGGAGGAGGAGGCUAAGCCCUUCAUGAAGCAACUGGUGAGCAUGAUGGCAGAUGUUCAUGCCAGAGGAGUCCUCCACCGGGACCUCAAACUGGAGAACAUCCUGGUGGAGACUGGCACCGACACCCCACGUCUCAGGCUCAUCGACUUCGGUUGCGGCUGCCUCCUGAAAAAUGGACUCUACACGAGGUUCUUCGGCACCACCCUAUACACUCCACCCGAGUGGUUCACGCAUGGUUGCUACAGAGCAGGUGCCUGCACUGUGUGGCAGUCGGGUGUGUUGCUGUACGAGAUUCUUUGUGGAGCGGCUCCAUUUAACAGCAGAAGGGAGAUUAUCUCUGAGGAACCUGAGAUCAGUGUCAAGCUGUCCCCAGCUUGUGAGGAUUUGCUGCAGAAGUGUCUGUCCAAGUGUCCCGUAGAACGACCCUCCUUGGAGGAGCUGCAGCGCCACCCCUGGCUGAACUGA